AUGCGAGCUCUGCAUCACAACGGCUUCAAGGCAUGGAUUUUCUCAGAGGGACAGAAGCUUCCGGUCUAUGAUGUGAAGGUUACCGACGAGGACACGGUCACUUGCUGGAUUGCGUCGAAACCCAACACGACGUUUACUGUUGGGUGGCGGAAAGAGGACCGACGCGAGGUCGCGUCGUCUGGACACGUUUUCAUAGACGGAAGAGACGUUGCGUCUGGUAUUAUGCGACCUAAACGCACGCGCCCCGUCUUGCGAUCGUCUGCGAAAAUCUCAAGCUCUCCUGAGACUCGAGGUACAAAGCGUUUACUUAUGUAUGCGAGUUGGACAGAUGACGAACAUGCGGCUCCCGUCCACGAUGAUGCUGGCACGAUCCGGCUCGAAAUCUCCUGGGUCAGAAUUGGAAGCGCGACUUCGAUCGUAAAAGCAGACGUAGCGGACCAUGUUACUGUGGCACAUGAACGGGCUAAAAAGGGUGGUAUGAUGAUCACAACGUACGCAGAGCCAGAGCGUAUCGAGUGCGGAAAAGCAGUCUCCACAAGACCUUACUAUCCCGACGAGCCAGGCCCAUUCGUCACAUUUAUUUUCCGAUAUCAUCAACUAGCUAUGCUCCAAGCGUGGGGCAUCAUUGCGAACCCAAACCCGCCGAUGGCUGCAUCAGUUCAGGGACGAGCCGCAAAUGAUCGGGACCAGGAAUUUGCCGGGGAGUGCGAGAACUCCAACGAUGAACGCGAAGAAUCUCCGCUCCUCGAACAUGAUUUUACGCCAUCCCAGGACUUUGAAUCGUCUCAGCCAAGCUCAGAAGGACUCUACGACAUGGGUGACACGGCCUCACUCUUUAAUGACGAGGAAGGUGUCGGCUACUCAAAUGGGGACAUUGGCAUCAAACACGAAGAAGACGAAGAAGACGAAGUAUUGACGAGAGGAAAGCACGAACACGAGGUGGUCUCGCUCCACGCUGCGGCGGACAAGGCGGCGCAUCUUGAAGAAGAAUACAAGGAACCAAUGGAGGGCGACGAUUGA